AUGGGCGGUCCAUCGAUUGAAACUCUAUUCGAUCUCUCCCUUUCUUCCUUUGACCGGUUUUUACCACUUGACGAAUUGGAACCCUCAACUGAUGGCCUAUCCGAGUAUUUGCUGAUUGGAUCACCGGGACGCAACGAACUUAGCACAAUGGAGGCCCCCGAGCCCUUCGCCACAGUCGCGCAGUUUCCAGCCAGCGACAGCAGUCGCCCCGGCCCUGUGUGCGAAGAAGGCAACGGGGCUCUCCAGCCUGUGCAGUCAGGCAAGUUUUCUUCUUCAUCUCCCGCUGCGUUCAGUGACCGCUUCUCAAAUUUCAGAACCCGUCCUGUCCAUCAUCAGAAUACACCACAACACUCAUUCAAUUCGCCCAGUGGUCUCCGGCUGUACUAUCAAAACGUGCGUGGAUUGAAAUCUAAAAUCGCAGAAUGCUUCGUUGCUACAUCAGAGCUCGGCUACGAAAUUUAUGCAUUCACUGAAACAUGGCUCAAUUCAUCCGUACCGUCUAGUCAAUUAUUCUGUUCUGACUAUAACGUUUUUCGUUGUGACAGAAGUAAUGCUAAUAGUCGCCGUAGUAGAGGUGGUGGGGUCCUCAUAGCGGUAUCAACCAAGCUUAGCUCAUCAAUCGAAAAUCUUAAUAUUGACAGCAUAGAAAAUUUGUGGGUGAAAAUAUCCUAUGAUAACAGCUCAUUUUUGAUCGGGACAGCAUAUGUACCACCGGAAAAAAGUCACGAUGGAUCAGUCAUCGAUUUACAUGUUGACGCGUUAUCAGCGGCCAGGCUACGACACUCUGCAUGUAAUGUCAUUCUGCUUGGUGACUUUAAUCAAUCGCAACUAAUCUGGAUUCCUGGCCAGAACAACAGCAAGGUGUUAGAUCCUGCUUCAGUGAUAAAUACAGCUAGUGCUUCACUCUUGGAUGGAAUGACACUCAAUGGAGUGAGUCAACGAAACGGGAUACGAAACUCUCAAAAUCGUACGCUGGAUUUGGUUUUCUCGGAUGAUUCUAUUUUGAUUAGCCCCAUAAUCGAAGUCAGCGAUGUCGUUGUCCCUAUAGAAGGGUACCACCCUCCUUUGGAGUUCGAAAUUUCAUUCCCGUGUCCCAUCGAUUUUGUUGAGAAUUUCGAUGCAUCAGCUCGUGACUUCAAUCGUGCGGAUUUUGAUACCAUGAACCGUAUUCUGUCUGGAGUUGACUGGUCUAACAUUCUAAGUUGUACUGACGUAGAUGUGGCUGUUGAUACAUUGAGAGCAAUUCUGGAUGACGCUUUUGAGAAUACCGUUCCCCUGGUGCGACCUCCUCUCCGACCCCCUUGGACUAAUGCUAACUUGAAGCGGCUGAAAAAAAUACGUUCGAAAUUGCUGCGGAAGUUUAGCAACUCCAGACUUCGUCAAAAGCAAAGUGAGCUUCGUCGCAAUCCAAAAAAGUUCUGGAAAUUUGUGAACUCCAAACGGAAGGAGUCCGGGCUUCCAGCUACACUCCAAUUGAACAACCGUAUUGCCAAGUCACCUGCUGAAAAAUGCUAUCUUUUUGCGACGCACUUCGCUAGUGUUGUUUCAGAUAAGUCGCCAUCUGCCAGUCAAUCGAAUGCUGCCGUAACACGACUACCUGUCGAUGUGCUCGAUCUGGAUGUUUUUGCUGUUAGCGAGGAAAUGGUUUCAGAAGCUAUCAUUAAUUUGAAAAAUUCGACUUCAGCCGGACAGGACGGAAUACCGGCAGGUGUCACAUCGCUAGCUGCCUGCUCGAAGGUAUUUGAGAAGAUCGUCAACAAUGUCAUGUUUUCAGCUUGCCGGAACUGGAUCUCUGAGAACCAGCAUGGAUUUUUUCCUAAACGCUCGGUAACUUCAAACCUGAUGGUUUUCACAUCCUUCUGCAUAUCAAAUAUGGAUGACGGCAAACAAAUCGAUGCGAUAUAUACCGAUAUUUCGGCGGCAUUUGAUUCUGUAAACCACGAUAUUCUGCUGAAAAAACUGCAUCGAUUGGGGUUUUCCGAACGAAUGUGCGCGUGGAUUAGAAGCUACCUAACGGAUCGUCGAUUGGCUGUUAAAAUUGGUUCUGACUUAAUUCCAAAGUCCGGCGUACCCCAAGGCAGCAAUUUGGGUCCUUUACUGUUUACGCUGUUCUGUAAUGACAUCAAUUUGUUGCUCACUGGGUGUGGAGUUUUGCUGUAUGCGGAUGACUUAAAAAUAUUCCUAGUCAUAAACAGUCAAUCUGACUGCCUCGAGUUGCAACGCUUCUUAGACACAGUUGUGAACUGGUGCGCUAUCAAUUUACUUGUUUUGAGUGUUGCGAAAUGCUGUAUUAUCACAUUUGGGCGCAGGAAAAAUCCCUUUGUGUAUGAUUACAAUGUUAUGGGCGAGCAGUUGCAUCGUGUUGAGGAGAUUAAGGAUCUUGGCGUUUUGUUGGACAGUCAAAUGACUUUUAAGCGGCAUUACUCUAAGGUACUCGAGAAGGCUAACCGUAUGCUGGGAUUUAUCAUACGUCUGAGCAAAGAAUUCACAGAUCCGGUCUGCUUGCGAGCUCUGUAUUGCUGUCUGGUGCGAUCAAUACUGGAAUCCGCGAAUCUUGUAUGGUGGCCUUUUGAAGCCGCAUGGACAGCACGUUUUGAAGCAAUUCAACGUCGGUUCGUACGUUACGCUCUUCGAGAGCUACCCUGGGAGAAUCCUUUGAAUUUACCGCCAUACGCACAACGUUGUGCCCUGCUUGGACUUCAUACGCUGUCGGAUCGUCGUUCCAUCGGUCAAUCGCUGCCCUUCCGAAUCAAUGAAUCCGUUUUCGAUCGACUGUUGUCGGUUGGACCGGAGCAACAAAACCGGCCAGAUCCAUCGAAUUCGAGCUGGUGCUGGAACCAUAGACCAUAG